AUGCUGGACCGCGCCAUUGCUUUCCUGGCACAAAAGAUGCCAGAGGAAUCGUUGGUGUUGGGGUCAGAGGAGAGGAGUCGGGAAAUCCAGGUUUCAUGCCCCUUGGCAGCGAGCUAUGCUGAUAAAAGCGCGAACGAUCUGGCCGAGAUGCUUCUGGAGGCGGGUGCAGACCCCUUUGCUUGCAACGGGUCCGGCCAGCUGCCCGACAUCCCGAACCUGCAGGACAUGGCGCUAGCACAGGCUGCUGCCCACCGCCAGCAGGUCACCUACCAGUCCGAGGUGCGUCGAUGCCUCCUUUCGAGCAUCCGGCCCAGCUUUGAAGAGAUCACAGAGAGCAUUGCGAAGCUCUUCCCCGAAGCCAAAGAAUGCACUGCCCGGUACCUCGACGAGGAAAGGGACCCGUGCACGCUCUGCGAGGCUUCGCUGUCAGACUUCCUGGCUCAGGCAGCCAAGGGCGUGGACAUGGCCAACAGCACCGGCAAGAUGGUGCUCCGCCUGGAGCUCGUGAGCCUUCCCCAAGCGGCCCAAGCACCCGCGCUUCCGGAGGCCCUGCCACCCAAGGAGGCGCCCGAGGCAAGCAGUGCACCCAAGGACGUCCCUCUUGAGGGCAGUGAGACGUUCCCGGCAAGCGACUCGCCUUCCGAUGUCGUGCAGGUGCCCGAGCAUAGCAAGGAUCCGAAGGAGAUGCCAGGCUGGAACAUCGUUGACGUCCCAGAGGCGAACGAGGAUGACGGCAUGCCAGCACAGACCAGCAACAGCGAGCCCACCGUAAAAGUGCGCGACUCCAUGUCAACGCCCGUUCAGUACAGCCAGGUUACACAAGAAGCCUUCGAAGGCAGCCAGAAUGACAGCGCGCCCAAGCCCACGUGCGAGGCAAGCAACUCUGCCACACCUUUGCCUUCCAACAGCGGCGAAGCCCUCAACGGCGAGCAAGCUUCUUGCAGCAAGGGCAAAGGCUACAAGGGCAAAGGCUACAAGGGCAAAGGCAAGGGCAAAGGCAUGCUUGGAUGGAAAGGGCAUUGGUGCGGCCAUGAGUCCCAGCAGGAGCAUCCUUGGCAAAGCUGGUGGAAGUGGCAUCUUGGAUGGUGCGAGCCCGAAGACGCCGACAUGAGCCAUCAUGGCGGCGAGGCAUGUGAGGAUCCACCCGAGGACGCUCGCCUCUGCGGCAAGAGUGAAGGCUGCAAGGGCAAGGGCAAAUUCAAGGGCAAGGCCGGCAAAUGCGGCGGCAAGGGCAAGUUGUGGUGGCAAGGCUACUGCCCGGACGAGGAGCAGCAACCUUGGUGGCUGCAGUGGCACGGUUUCCCCCAGUGGCACCAGACGGACGCUCCGGAAUGGGUAGCCCCAUCUCCGCAGGUGCUCGCCGAGCAGUUUCUUCAGGCACUGCCCCACUUGACAGCCAAGGUCUGUGAGGUCCUGGAGGCCUGGAGUCAGCGCCUGUGCGCAUCCUUGGACUCUUGGCCCGCAGCAGGAGACGCACUGCAGGAGCUUUGGUCCAUCCUCGGCCAACACAAACUACAGGCUGAGCAGCAGCUGGCACGUUUCCUAGAGGAGGUGACGCAGGAGAGUGCCAGCCAGUUCCUGCUGGCCUUUUUAAGCGAGCUGGAGGCUCUAGACGAAGAGCAGAAGCUGAGCGUGAUGGCCGGCUUCUUCGAGUCUCAAGAGGAGCGGCUGCAGAAGAUCUUUCCGCAGCUGCCGGGCUUUUUCUUGCUGGGCAUGCUCGGGCGUGGCAAGGGUGGGAAGUGGGGAAAGGGGGCAAAGGGGAAGGCCAAGGGCAAAUGCUGGCUCGGUUCUCACAUGGCAAGGGAUGCAGAUGAGACAGUGCCCAUGAGCACCACCGAUGACCAGCAUAGCCAGCCGGCGCAUGACCCUUCCUGGAACAGCUUCCUCAACUUGCCCAAAGAUCCAAACUACGUGCCUUACGUAGCUCGAAAGGGCAAAUCUUCGUCGUUGGCCGAACUCACGGUGGCAGCGGGUGCAGUUGACACGGAGCCCGCUAGCAGCAGCGAUGGUCAGCCUGUCGACGAUCCUUCCUGGAACUCCUUCCUCAACUUGCCCAAGGAUCCAAACUACAAGUCCUACGUGGCUCGAAAGAUGGAGGAGUAUGCCUCGAAGAAGCAGAAGCUGCAGAGCCGCUUCGAGACGGAGCAGACUUGA